GGGUGACGUGCGUGUGUGUGGGUCUGUCUGUAUUUGAGUGUGUGUGAGUGUCAUUGCUGAGUGACCCAGGAUGUCUCACUGCAGACUGCUCGCACGGCUGCUAUUGCAGCAGCAGCAGGUGGGAGUCAGACACUGUUACUCAUCCACACGGAAGAGUCUGUACAUCAACAAGGACACUAAAGUCAUCUGUCAGGGCUUCACAGGAAAGCAGGGCACCUUCCACAGUCAGCAGGCUCUGGAUUAUGGCUCUAAGUUAGUCGGAGGCGUGUCUCCUGGAAAAGGCGGGAAAACUCACCUGGGGCUGCCGGUGUUCAACUCUGUGAAGGAGGCGAAGGAGGGGACGGGCGCCGACGCCACGGUGAUCUACGUUCCUCCUCCCUUCGCGGCGGCGGCCAUCCUGGAGGCCAUCGACGCCGAGAUCUCCCUGGUGGUUUGUAUCACGGAGGGAAUUCCCCAGCAGGACAUGGUGCGGGUCAAACACAGGCUCCUGCGCCAGAACGUCACCCGCCUCAUCGGCCCCAACUGCCCCGGCGUCAUCAACCCUGGAGAGUGUAAGAUCGGGAUCAUGCCCGGACACAUCCAUAAGAAGGGGAGGAUCGGCAUUGUGUCACGGUCGGGUACACUGACGUACGAGGCGGUUCACCAGACGACGCAGGUGGGACUGGGCCAGUCUCUGUGUGUCGGAAUCGGUGGAGAUCCGUUUAACGGCACCAACUUCAUCGACUGCCUGGAGGUUUUCCUGCACGACCCCAAGACUGAGGGCAUCAUCCUGAUCGGAGAGAUCGGGGGCGACGCCGAGGAGAACGCCGCCCACUUCCUCAAACAACACAACACUGGUGCUAAUGCUAAACCGGUGGUGUCGUUCAUCGCCGGCCUCACGGCACCCCCUGGCAGGAGGAUGGGUCACGCCGGCGCCAUCAUCGCAGGAGGAAAGGGCGGGGCUAAAGAAAAGAUCGCCGCCCUGCAGUCAGCCGGCGUGGUGGUCAGCAUGUCCCCCGCCCAGCUGGGCAGCACCAUCUUCAAGGAAUUCGAGAAGAGGAAGAUGCUGUGACGGGGGGACGAGUCUCGCAGACGCCGCAGUGUUCGUUUUUAGUUUCUGUUUUUCAGCAAUGAGUUUGUGUGUGUGGUGAUUUACCUCCACCUCCGUCUUCACCUCCACCUCAUCCAUCAUCAGCCUCUGAAAUACAGUUGAACUUCUCUUUCUUCCUCUGCUCGUGUUCUGUCACUUAACGAGGUGUGUUAAUUUAUCACGUUAUUCACUGAGCCAGACGCCGCACAGAAUUAUUAUAAUAAUAAUAAUAAUUAUAAUUUUUUUUUUUACCGGAAACAUACCAGCACUUGCUUUGAUCGCGCCAUGGCGCCGUUCCUCCUCCUGUCUGUUAUUGUUAUUAUAAUUUUUAUUUUAGUUUUAAAGCCAAUUCCGAACCUCGUCUCUGAAGUUAUUUGUCGACUCGCGCUCACUCUCAAUUCCAACCAAUUUAGAGUCUUGUUAUGGAAAACGCUCGUCCCGUGCCACAUGCGUUCCAGGCUCUCAGAACGGUCUCUGCGCUCUCGCGUACGUAUUUAUUAAUUCUGACACGUAAACCAUCUCUCUCUCUCUCUCUCUCUCUCUCUCUCUCUCUUUCUCAAUCUUUACGACAUGCUUUUUUUUCUUUCUCUCCCUCCUUUUCUUCUCCUCCGCCAGGGAACGGAAAGCGCCGGUUCAAUCGUUGCCAAGCGUGUUUUAGAAAGCCACUCAUCAAAAUGUCAACAGGAGGAAAAAAAAAUUUUUUUUUUUUUCAGAACAUCUGAAAAUCUAAUUUACUGAAGUACGAUAGCAGUCAGGCGUCCAGAAUAGUCACGGGGGUUUUUUAUUGUCGCCUUCCUGCAUUGAAACACACGAGGAAAAGCUUUGAUUUAUUGGGAAUGGAUAAAUAAUGGGCUGUAAUGAUGAUGUGAUGUGCCAUUUCGACACAAGCACGAGAGGUGGAGGGGGAAAAAAAAGGUUUCCAUUCUUUUGGAGUAUGUGCAUUUUUCCAAAAAAGAAAGUUAUCAUUUUUUUUUUCUCUUUUUAAUGUUUAUAAGCUCAUUGUGGUUGAAGCAGGAACUCCAAAUCGUCCAUGCCUUAAUUUUGGUGGAAGUGUGCAAGAACCCUGUAAUUCUACAAUAUCAAUGUCCUGAUUAAAGUAAUAAAAAAUAAAUCAAUAAAUAAAAUAAUGUAAAAAAAAAAAACAAGAGCAUUUACUUCUGUCUAUACAUUAAAUAAAACUGUAAAGCUG